GCGAUGUGGAUGUCGUCUCGCAUUUCGCGUGUCAACAUCUCGCGGUUUCGAUCGGCGCCGAACCUACGUGCCAGUGACACUUGGCGGCUUGCUGUCCGCGGGCAGGCAUGCAGGAGCGACGCUGAGAGAGAUAGAUACAUAUCCAAUACAUCUAGUAAACACGGUACUCGCGUGGCGCGCGAUCGAUCCACCGAUUGCCGAUCGUCGCCGUCUGUAAGUCGCCGUUGAUUUUUCCUCGCGCAGAUCGGAUCGGAUACACGCACGGCGCACACUUGUCCGAGUUUUACGUUACUAGAGGAAGAGGAAGAAGUUGGAGCUUCCGCGAUCGACCGGUUGUCGGCCCGCCCACCGCGGGGAAGAGCCGCGGACCUCGGCGCGGACGUCGGGAGACGGAAGUGCCACCGGUGUUUUCGCCUCCCGCACGUACGAGAGUACCUAAGGGCAAACGAACUCUGACGAUUACCUGCGGCGACUCGGCGCGUUUCGCAAUAUUCCAGAGGAGCGAUCUCGAUAUUCUCGAUUCAUCGGCAACGCGCGGAGCUGGGCGAGCAGCCGGGAAUCGUCACCAUCACCACCGUCGCCGCCGCCGCCGCCGUCGUCGCCGCGAGGAAGUGUAGUCAUGAAUGAUUCACUCGGCUAAAGCAGCCAGCACAGGAGUUUCUCCGAUUUCGAGGCACCGAGAGAGACUCUAAGAAUCAAUCGAGAUGGGUGAGCUUCUAGGAUCUGCGAGUUUCCUUCAUCUCGGCGAUAUAGUCAGCCUCUACGCCGAGGGAAAUGUGUCCGGGUUUCUUUCCACGUUGGGGUUGGUCGAUGACAGGUGUGUAGUAUGUCCCGAAGCUGGAGACUUGUCGAAUCCACCGAAGAAAUUCAGAGAUUGCCUCUUCAAAAUAUGUCCCAUGAAUCGAUACUCCGCUCAAAAGCAAUUCUGGAAGGCAGCAAAACAGAGUGCGAGUUCAGGCACAGAUGCUAUCUUGCUGAAAAGACUUCACCAUGCGGCCGAAAUUGAGAAAAAGCAAAAUGAGACUGAAAACAAGAAACUACUAGGCACGGUGGUUUCCUACGGUAAUGUCAUACAGUUAUUGCAUCUUAAAUCAAACAAAUUCCUGACGGUCAACAAAAGGCUGCCGGCGUUACUAGAAAAGAACGCGAUGAGGGUUUACUUGGACGCGAAUGGAAACGAGGGUUCGUGGUUUUACAUAAUGCCGUUCUACAAGCUGCGUAGCGACGGCGAUAGUGUCGUCGUCGGUGACAAGGUGAUCAUGGAGCCGGUAAACGCGGGUCGUCAAGGUCUUCAUGUAGCCGCCAAUUACGAGCUGAGCGACAAUCCCGGCUGCAAGGAAGUUAACGUUGUGAAUUCAUCCACCUCCUGGAAGGUAACCCUCUUCAUGGAGCAUCGGGAGAACCAGGAGGAGAUUCUCAAAGGCGGUGACGUAGUGCGGCUGUUUCACGCUGAGCAAGAAAAGUUUCUAACCAUGGACGAAUACAAGAAGAAGCAACACGUGUUUCUCAGGACGACGGGCAGAACCAGCGCUACCGCGGCUACCAGCAGCAAAGCCUUGUGGGAAGUCGAGGUGGUGCAACACGAUCCGUGUAGAGGCGGUGCCGGCCACUGGAAUUCACUGUUUAGAUUUAAACAUCUAGCAACUGGCCAAUAUCUCGCUGCUGAGGUUGACACGGAUGAACCACGGGAACCCGUGAAAGGAAAACGUGAUCCACCUGGACCGGUCUAUAGAUUAGUAUCGGUGCCGCACAGCAAUGAGAUUAGCUCAUUGUUUGAAUUAGAUCCCACAACUUUAACGCGGGGCGAUAGUCUGGUUCCGCAAUCGUCCUUUGUGAGAUUACAUCACAUAUGCACAAAUACUUGGGUUCAUUCAACAAGCGUACCGAUCGAUAAGGAUGAUGAGAAGCCUGUGAUGUCGAAGGUGGGUUGCGCGACUAGUAAAGAGGAUAAAGAAGCAUUUGCUUUGAGAUCUGUGUCACCGGUUGAAGUACGCGAUUUAGAUUUCGCAAAUGAUGCUUGCAAGGUGUUGACGGCAAUGAAUAGUAAGCUAGAAAAAGGUACGAUCUCACACAAUGAACGGAGAGCUGUUACUAGCUUGCUGCAGGACAUUGUAUACUUUAUUGCUGGAUCAGAAAAUGAACAGAAUAAAUCUGAAGCGUUAGAACUAGUCGUGACAAAUGUAAAGGAUGGUCCUGUGAGGGACCGUCAGAAAUUAUUGCGCGAACAAUACAUUCUGGGCCAAUUGUUCAAAAUAUUGCAGGCUCCAUUCUUGGAAUCUGCAGAGGGUGAGGGACCAUUUCUUAGGAUAGAAGAGCUUAACGAUCCGAGACACGCGCCAUACAAAUACAUGUUUCGUCUGUGUUACCGAAUACUCAGACUUUCUCAACAGGAUUAUAGAAAGAAUCAGGAAUACAUUGCUAAACAUUUUGCAUUUAUGCAAAAACAAAUCGGCUACGAUAUUCUAGCGGAAGAUACUAUUACCGCGCUUUUACAUAACAACAGAAAGUUAUUGGAAAAACACAUAACAGCUGCGGAAAUAGAGACAUUUGUGGGUCUCGUUAGAAAAAAUAUGCGUAACUGGCAAUCGAGAUUUUUGGAUUACCUGUCGGAUCUGUGUAUCUCUAAUAAGAAAGCAAUAGCCGUGACACAAGAAUUAAUUUGUAAAAGCGUACUUAGUGAAAAGAAUAAGGAUAUUCUGAUAGGAACAAAAAUGGUGAAAACCCAGGUAGAAAUUGAAGAUAUCGAUGAGAAGCAAGAAAACGCUGAACCAAAAAUCACUGUUAUAGAGGAGUUUGAAGUUGUAUUGGAAUGGAAUAGUGGAGCUAAAUCAAUGUCUUUGAGCGAGUUAUCAAGAGGAGCAAAAAUGGGAAACGUUCAAGAUGCAGCAAUAUUAGACUAUUACAGGCAUCAAUUAAAUCUUUUUAGUAACAUGUGCCUGAAUAGACAGUAUUUAGCAUUAAAUAAUCUGUCAUUACAUUUGGACAUUGAUCUUAUACUUAAAUGUAUGGAAGAUGAAACAGUGCCAUAUGAAUUACGCGCAUCAUUUUGCCGAUUAAUGUUACAUCUUCACGUAGAUAGAGAUCCGCAAGAACAAGUAACUCCCGUAAAAUAUGCUCGUCUUUGGUCUGAAAUCCCGUCUAAAAUGAGUAUAAACGAUUAUGAUACGAAUAAACUGCCGGACCAAAAUAAAGAGGCUGUUCGUACUAAAUUUAGUUCAACAAUUAUGUUUGUUGAGGAUUAUCUAUGUAACGUUGUCGCGAAAAUGUGGUCUUUUGGGGAUCAAGAGCAAAAUAAGCUUACAUUUGAGGUUGUUAAAUUAGCACGUGAUCUAAUUUAUUUUGGAUUCUACAGUUUUAAUGAUCUAUUAAGUUUAACAAAGACGUUACUUAGUAUUUUGGAUUGUGUGUCAGAGAAUGAAUCCACCGAUGGGAAGAUACCUACGGGGGAUAUUGAUUCUGAUACGGAUUCUGAGGAGGCAGCUGAAGGAGGUAUUCUUAGAUGCAUUGGCGAUAUGGGUGCUGUGAUGACAAAUUUAACAUUAGGACCAGCCGGUCAAGUGUUAGCUAGCUCUUCUCCAAGACCAAAGCCAUUAAUGAAGAAGGAAUAUCCCUUAGUGAUGGAUACGAAACUCAAGAUAAUCGAAAUUUUGCAAUUUAUUCUGGAUGUUAGAUUGGAUUACAGAAUCUCUUGUCUUUUGAGUAUAUUUAAACGAGAAUUCGAUGAAACAGCAUUAAGUGCUGCAGAGAAAACUGGAGAUGUGACUCUAGGGCAAAAAGCUAUUGAUUUAGAUUCAAUUAGUGCACAGGCAGAAGGAAUAUUUGGGAGCAGUGAGGAAUGCGCAGCGCUGGAUUUAGAUGGCCAAGGAGGCAGAACAUUUUUACGCGUUCUAUUACAUCUAGCUAUGCACGAUUAUCCUCCAUUAGUCUCUGGAGCCUUACAUUUAUUAUUUAGGCACUUUAGCCAAAGACAAGAAGUUUUACAAGCAUUUAAACAGGUGCAGCUUUUAGUUUCGGAUAGCGAUGUAGAAUCAUACAAACAAAUAAAGGCAGAUUUAGACAUUUUACGCCAAUCUGUCGAGAAAUCUGAGCUUUGGGUAUAUAAAUCCAAGGUAAUAGAAGAAUAUGGAAAUAAGAAAAAGAAGAAGAGUAAAGAAGAAGAAGAUGAAGCUACAGCUCCUCGUAAAACACCUCUGUUAUCUGCAUUAGAUAAACAAGGGUCUGCUAUUGAUUUGGAUAUCGGCCCACCGUUACAUCCCGAUCAAGCAGAAGAAUAUAAAAAAAUUCAGCAGAUAUUAAUGAGAAUGAACAAGCUGUGUAUUCAAAAUCUACCAGGCGGCCAAGUAAAGGCACGCAAACACGAGCAGAGACUUUUGCGCAAUGUCGGAGUGCAUACUGUCGUUUUGGAUUUAUUACAGGUUCCAUACGACACCAAGGAAGAUGUCAGAAUGAAUGAAUUAAUGCGUUUGGCGCAUGAUUUCCUGCAAAACUUUUGUCUAUCUAAUCAACAAAAUCAAGUUCUUCUACACAAGCAGCUAGAUUUAUUCUUGAAUCCUGGUAUAAGAGAGGCGCAGACAGUAUGUAGUAUUUUUCAAGAUAACUCCGUUCUUUGCAAUGAAGUCGGUGCGAAAGUCAUACAGCAUUUCGUACAUUGCAUAGAAACGCAUGGAAAACAUGUGCAAUAUUUGAAGUUUUUGCAAACUAUAGUAAAAGCUGAGAAUCAAUUUAUUAGAAAAUGUCAAGAGAUGGUGAUGCAGGAGUUGGUUCAAGCGGGAGAAGAUGUUUUAGUGUUUUAUAAUGAUAGAGCCUCGUUUAAUCAUUUUGUGGAAAUGAUGCGAUCUGAAAGACAUCGAAUGGAUGAGAGCAGUCCUCUUCAAUAUCAUGUAGAGUUGGUAAAACUUCUAGCUUGUUGUACAAUGGGCAAAAAUGUCAAUACAGAAAUUAAAUGUCACAGUCUCUUACCGUUAGAUGAUAUCGUUGCUGUGGUGUCACAUCCAGAUUGUAUACCAGAGGUGAAAGAAGCAUACAUCAAUUUUCUCAACCACUGUUACAUUGAUACAGAAGUCGAAAUGAAGGAAAUUUAUACGUCAAAUCAUAUGUGGUCUUUGUUCGAAAAAUCUUUUAUUGUUGAUAUGGGUUUAAUUGCCACAUCCACUCAUGAUCGACAACAUGCAGAUACAGCCUUGGAGACUUACGUGACAAGUUGUUUAAUGAACAUCAUAUCUACAUUUUUCAGCAGUCCAUUUUCUGAUCAAAGCACCACUGUACAGAAACAUCUGCACGAGGCUAGACUAUAUUGGAACAUCAAGGAAUGUGAUCGGAAUACAGAUAAUAAUCUUUCUGGCUAUACAAGGCAACCUAUAUUUGUCCAGUUACUUCAUGCAGCUUUUAAUGUAUCACAAUGUGCAUGGUUAAAUGCUGGACAAAGAUUCAACGUUGAGAAUUGUAUACGAACUCUAUCAGAUAUAGCUAAAGGAAGAGGUAUUGCUAUACCGACUGAUCUGGAAAGCCAAGUCGCUAAUAUGUUCAACAAAGCAGCUAUGCUCAGUAGACAAACUAGUAAAUGGUUGCAAGCUGCUAAACAACCAAAAAUCGAACGUAGUCAAAGUCAGCUUAUGCGUUUAGAUCGGAGUAUCAUAGAAGGUUUACAGGACAUAGUGUCUCUGUUAGAGGAACAAUUGAAACCUUUGGUGCAGUCCGAAUUGUCUUUGUUAGUGGAUAUUCUUUAUCGACCUGAAUUGCUGUUCCCUGCAGCAACUGAUGCCAGAAAGAGAUGUGAAAACGGUGGUUUUAUUAAAAGGUUAAUCAAACACACUGAGAAAUUGUUAGAAGAAAAAGAAGAAAAAUUGUGCGUUAAAGUUUUAAGAACACUCAGAGAAAUGAUGGCUAUCGAUCCUGAAUACGGAGAAAAAAACGAAGGUAUCUCGGAACAGACGGAGUCAGAAACGCAGGGCGAGUCACAAGUUGGAACAGGUUCCAAUGAUCAGUCUGAGAAUCGACAAAUUAUUCAGCAAGAGCCGGGAGACGCAUUGAGAAAUAAUCUUUUGACGCGUUAUUUUGGCAAAAGUUUUAUACAAAAUCCGGAAAAUGUUGAUAUUGGAGUAUCCCGUAGCGCGACUAUUACUCAUGGUCCAGGAGCAAAGAUAUUAAGCCGAGCUGGAAGAACAUUGCAUGAUGUGCAAACUCAUCUUGAUCGUGAAGGUGCUUCAGAUUUAGUGGUAGAAUUGGUAAUUAAGAGUGUACACUCUCCGAGCAUAUUUGUAGAAGUCGUGGAAUUAGGUAUCGCGCUCUUGGAAGGUGGAAAUCCUAUUAUACAAAGGAGUAUAUUUAAUAAAUUAAUGGGUGCCGAUUUAAGUCAAUCAUUCUUCAAGGUAUUUUACGAUAAAAUGAAAGAUUCUCAGCAAGAGAUUAAAUCUACUGUGACAGUAAAUACAUCUGAUAUGGCAGCGAAAGCACAUGAGGAUAAGGAGGGCAAAGAGGUUGACAAAUUAUCGCGAAAACAUGGAUCAGGAAAGCCUAAUGGAAUGGUAAUAACCGAUGACCUGCGCGAGGAAUUGAAUCAAGUCGCGGCGUCUAACGCACAGGCGUAUGCAAACAUGCGUAAUGGUCUUGCACCUGGCGAAGAUGCAGCAAAUAAUACGUUAGAUGAUUUAAGCGAAAAGUCAGACAGAAAUAAAAGUGGCAAUUCAUCUGGUGGCGAGAAGGAAGAGGGUCAAUUGAGUCCUAAAGUUUUGGUGAUGCAACCAAUUCUGCGUUUCUUACAGUUACUCUGUGAGAAUCACAAUAGAGAAUUACAGAAUUUCCUAAGAAAUCAAAAUAAUAAAACGAACUUCAACCUUGUGUCGGAAACGCUCAUGUUUUUGGAUUGCAUUUGUGGUUCAACUACCGGUGGAUUAGGCCUUCUUGGCCUUUAUAUUAACGAAUAUAAUGUAGCGCUGAUUAAUCAAACUUUAGAAACGUUGACGGAAUACUGUCAAGGACCAUGCCAUGAUAAUCAAAAUUGCAUCGCCACACACGAGUCUAAUGGCUUAGAUAUAAUAACGGCAUUGAUACUGAAUGAUAUCAAUCCUUUGGGAAAGACUAGAAUGGAUCUGGUACUGGAAUUAAAGAAUAAUGCCAGUAAAUUAUUGUUAGCGAUUAUGGAAAGUAGAGGUGAUAGUGAGAACGCUGAAAGAAUUAUGUACAACAUGAAUCCGAAACAGCUCGUAGAUGUAGCAUGCAAGGCUUUUCAUCAAGAAUCAUUAGAUGACUCUAGCGAUAUCGACGAUUCUUCGACGAAUGCAGAAGAAGGAGUAUCGCCCAAAGAAGUUGGGCAUAAUAUCUAUAUUUUGUGUCAUCAAUUAGCGCAACACAACAAAGAAUUAGCAGUGAUGUUGAAGCCGUCAGAACAGAAUAAUGCGGAUCCAAAAAUUAACAAAGCACUAGAAUAUUAUGCAUCUCAUACAGCUCAAAUAGAGAUUGUAAGACAUGAUAGAACACUUGAACAAAUUGUCUUCCCGAUACCGGAAAUUUGUGAACUUAUAACCAUGGAUACAAAAAUAAGAGUCCUGAAUACUACAGAGCGAGAUGAUCAAGGAUCAAAAGUUUCCGAUUUCUUCGAGAGAACGGAAGACAUGUUUAAUGAAAUGAAAUGGCAAAAGAAACUUAGGGGUCAACCAAUGUUGUUCUGGAUGAGCAGUUAUAUGUCGCUAUGGAGUAACAUUUUAUUCAAUUGCGCCGUUCUUAUAAAUCUUAUUGUAGCGUUUUUCUAUCCAUUUGUAGAUUCUGUGCCUAAACUCAGUUAUCAUUUAUCAGCUUUAAUUUGGACAGUCAUGCUUGCAUCUGCUGCUAUUGUUAUUACGCUGCCAAGGGAGUCCGGUAUACGUACAUUUGUUGCAUCAACGAUAUUGCGAUUGAUUUUUUCCGUAGGUCCAGAACCGACACUGUGGCUGCUCGGUUUUGUUACGAUUACAUUAAAAGUUGUACAUCUUAUAAGUACUAUAGGUAAUCAGGGUACCCUGACUAGAAGCGUAGAGCAAAUAAUAACAAAUAUUGAACUUUUGUACCAUAUGUCAUAUAUAACAUUUUGUGUUCUGGGACUUUUUAUGCAUCCAUUUUUCUAUUCAGUUUUACUCUUCGAUGUAGUCUAUCGCGAGGAGACUUUGCUCAAUGUAAUAAAAUCUGUAACUCGAAAUGGAAGAUCUAUUAUACUCACGGCUGUGCUCGCCUUGAUUUUAGUUUAUAUGUUUUCCAUUAUUGGUUUUAUGUUUUUCAAGGACGACUUCCUUGUUCCUGUAGACGAGGAGAUUAUAUCUUCCAUUGAGCAAAAAAUCGCGAAUACUUGUAGCGCUGGCAGCAAAGAAAACUGUGACGCUACAGAGACUAUAUCACGUUAUGCUAGCGAAGCAAAUGUACGAGAGAAUAAACCCGAAAUAGUUAAUGUUGGCGGAGAAUUAAAAGAACGAACAUGUGAUUCACUCGUCAUGUGCAUCGUUACCACGUUAAAUCAAGGAUUGAGGAAUGGUGGUGGAAUAGGAGAUAUUUUGCGAGCACCUUCUAGUGUUGAACCUUUAUUUGUUGCAAGAGUUGUAUAUGAUUUACUAUUCUUCUUCAUUGUGAUAAUUAUCGUUCUGAAUCUCAUCUUUGGUGUGAUUAUUGAUACAUUUGCGGAUCUUAGAUCGGAGAAACAACAGAAAGAAUUAAUUUUGAAAAAUACUUGUUUUAUUUGUGGCUUGAACAGAUCAGCUUUCGACAACAAAAUAGUUUCCUUUGAGGAACACAUCAAACACGAACAUAACAUGUGGCAUUAUCUCUAUUUCAUUGUCUUGGUGAAAGUAAAGGACCCGACAGAAUUCACGGGUCCGGAGUCGUACGUUUAUGCCAUGGUUAAGGAUCGGAAUCUGGAAUGGUUCCCGAGAUUGCGAGCCAAGUCAUUAGCGGCGGAUGAAGGUGAAGGAGAACAAGUGGAAUUAAGGAGUCUGCAGUCACAAUUAGAAUCUACACAGAUGUUAGUUAGAUGUCUGUCCCAACAACUUAUGGAGCUUCGUGAUCAGAUGACGGAGCAACGAAAGCAGAAGCAACGGCUAGGCCUUCUGAAUUCUGCUUCUGCAAUAUUACAUAAUAUACCCACGUAAAUUUAAGACAUAUGUUUUAUAGUUUUCUUUUUAUUCUAGACGAAUCUCAGUUUGAUACUCCAAGACAGUACAUACGUAAAGAUAUUCGUGUGUUCUUAACUGGCAUUUAAAAAUAUGAAAAUAUAGUGGGUAAUCUGAGGCAUUUUUACGGUUUUGUUCCUAAUUUUAAUGAAAGUAAAAUACGCUUAGGGCAUUAAGAUAAUUAUCCUUUUACUGUAAAGUUUCUUGGUCCAAUUUAUCGGUCAGUCAUUAAGGAACUUGAAUACCGUAAAUUGCAUUGUCUAUCGAUGUGUGAAUAUUGUUAUGCAUAUAUAGAAAAAUUAACCGUAUCUAUUGAUAUAUUAGAACAGAUAAAUUACUUAAAACUUCAAAUUACUAAAACAUUGUAAGG